AGAUGAAAAUAAAUUUGUAUCGGCGAAGGUGCAUCAAGGGCAUCCAAGAGUUCACUCUGUAAAAAAGAAGCAAGCUUUUGGCGAACUAAAAAAUGUUAUGCAUAAUCAAAUUGGCGCUACUCCAUUGAAAGGUGUCUUCAAAGAAAUAAAUCCUUUGGCAGGUGGUACCGCAAAUAAAAAAUCGUGCAUCCAAUAUGAGGCGCAGAAAACCAAACACGCUUUAGAUCCAUCGGAACUAUUCGAUUUGUUUGAUUUCCCGAAAUCGUGCUGUACAAAUAGUUGCACUAAAAGCGUUGAGGAAAUUUGGGCGGAAAAUGAUGGACUAGAUGAAGCUGCUUUGUUAAAAGCAAUGGAAAAAAUCCGGAAUGGCGGGCCCAUAUUAGAUUAUGAUGAAAAUCAGGAUGGUUAUGUAGAAAAAUUCGAAGAACCCGAGGACGAUUUGAACGUCUUGCUUACCAAAUCUGUAAAUCCUUAUUUGUAUUUAGAGGAUUAUGACAAUGGAGAUUUUUCCUCGUGCUCUGCUGAAUUGCCCAAGUUUGAUUUUGGCAAUGAUAUACUUUUAAGUUGCUAAUUUAAAUGUAUACUCUUAUGUAUGAAGAUGAGAUUCCAUAGCGUUGAGUAUAUUUGUAGUAUCACUUAUUCCAUCUAUGCAUGUAUAAUAUAUGUUAAUUUUUUUUCUCUUUGAAUUCUGUAUAUAAAUAAACAUUUGAUUUGAUUUAA